AUGCUAUCAGCAAAAACUGUUAUAAGACGAAAUAUGGCAAGUCUUGCCAAGCAUAUUAAUGUGCCCAAAAGGUUAGAAUCUAUAAUUCCUCCUUACUCUAAACUUCUGACAAAUAUGCAUAAGAUAAGAGAGCUCACAGGUAACAAACCAUUAACUUUAGCUGAAAAAAUCCUUUAUUCGCAUCUAACUGAUCCAGAAGAGACCUUUGCUACUAUAUCCGAUCCAUCUGCUAUCCGUGGUAAACAGUAUUUGAAAUUAUCUCCUGAUAGAGUGGCUAUGCAGGAUGCGUCGGCUCAGAUGGCUCUUUUACAAUUUAUAACGACGGGGUUGAAGCAAACUAGCGUGCCCGCAUCGAUUCAUUGUGAUCAUUUGAUUGUUGGUAAAGAAGGUGAAAGAUUAGAUCUUGAACAAGCUAAGGGUACCAACUCCGAAGUCUUUAACUUCUUGCAAUCAUGCGCUAAAAAAUAUGGUAUCAGCUUUUGGGGCCCAGGUUCUGGUAUCAUCCAUCAGAUCGUACUAGAAAAUUAUAGUGCACCAGGCUUAAUGAUGUUAGGUACUGAUUCACACACACCCAAUGCGGGUGGUCUCGGGGCUAUUGCUAUUGGUGUAGGUGGCGCUGAUGCAGUGGACGCUCUAACUGGUACCCCAUGGGAAUUGAAAGCUCCAAGAAUAAUGGGUGUCAAACUAACUGGCCAAUUGAAUGGAUGGAGUUCGCCAAAGGAUAUUAUUACUAAGAUUGUCGGUGACUUAACCGUUAGAGGUGGUACUGGUUUCAUAUUAGAGUAUUUCGGAGAAGGUGUCAAGACUUUAUCAUGCACUGGGUUGGCAACUAUAUGUAACAUGGGUGCUGAAGUUGGUGCAACAACAUCUAUCUUUCCAUAUCAAGACGCUCAUAAACGUUUCCUAAUAGCCACGAAUAGAAAGCCAAUAGCUGAUGCGGCAGAUAUUGCCUUAAAUGAACAUGGUUUCUUAAAGGCCGAUGCUGGUGUAGAAUAUGAUGACGUGAUCGAAAUUAAUUUAUCAGAUUUAGAGCCCCAUAUUAACGGUCCUUUCACACCAGAUUUAUCAACGCCAAUCUCCAAAUAUGCAGAAACAUCCAAAGAGAACAAUUGGCCACAAAAGAUCUCUUCUGGUUUGAUUGGUUCAUGCACUAACUCAUCAUACCAGGAUAUGAGUCGUGUGGCUGAUCUGGUAAACCAAGCUUCUAAGGCUGGCUUAAAGCCUAAGAUACCAUUUUAUGUUACUCCAGGAUCUGAACAAAUUAGAGCUACUUUAGAAAGAGAUGGUAUAAUGAAAACGUUACAAAACAGUGGUGCAAUUGUUUUGAGUAAUGCAUGUGGGCCAUGCAUCGGACAAUGGGAAAGAAAUGACAUGCCGCCUGAUUCUACUGAGACAAAUUCUAUAUUCACAUCAUUUAAUAGAAAUUUUAGAGCAAGAAAUGACGGUAACAGAAACACGAUGAAUUUUUUAACAUCGCCUGAAAUUGUCACUGCCAUGGUAUUCUCUGGAAAUGCUCAAUUCAAUCCAUUGACUGACACAAUUCCUUUGCCAAAUGGUCAAACUUUCCAAUUUAAUCCACCAAAGGGUGAUGAAUUACCUAACAGAGGGUUCGAGCAUGGUAGAUCAGAAUUCUAUCCUGAAAAAGAUUCGAAGGGAACAAACAAUGAAGUCGAAAUUAGUGUCAACCCUGAGUCUGACCGUUUACAAUUGCUAGAACCAUUCAAGCCAUGGAACGGUAAAGAGCUUAGAACAAAUGUAAUUUUGAAAGUUGAAGGAAAAUGUACUACUGAUCAUAUUUCUGCCGCAGGUGUGUGGUUGAAAUACAAGGGCCAUCUUGAAAAUAUUUCAUACAAUACAUUAAUUGGAGCACAAAACAAAGAAACUGGUGAAGUGAACAAAGUUUAUGAUAUAGAUGGUAAACCAUAUGAUAUUCCUGGAUUGAUGAUCAAAUGGAAGAAUGAGAAUAGGCCAUGGACUGUUCUUGCUGAACAUAAUUACGGUGAAGGUUCCGCUAGAGAACAUGCUGCAUUAUCCCCUAGAUUUUUGGGUGGCCAGAUGAUUUUAGUAAAGUCAUUUGCAAGAAUUCAUGAGACUAACCUUAAGAAGCAAGGUAUGUUACCAGUGACAUUUGCUGAUGAAGCAGAUUAUGAUAAAAUUUCAUCAGGUGAUCUCAUCGAAACUCUAAAUUUAGUAGAUAUGGUUGAGAAGGAUGGGAAUAAUGGGGGAACUCUAGACAUCAAGGUUACCAAGCGUGAUGGCAACUCAUUUGUAAUCAAAGCCAAGCAUACUAUGUCAAAAGAUCAAAUCAACUUCUUCAAAGCGGGUUCAGCUAUUAACUAUAUCAAGGAAUUGAAAGAGGCAGAAUCAAGAAAGAACAAUUAA